UCCCAGCUGCACGGUGAGAGGAAGGCGCAAGGCGUGACUGAACGUAACUUCGUUACACUCUGAGCGAGCACCCAAACAAGCAAAUGAACAUCCAGGUCUUCACUGCAACCAAAUCCAAUCUCGUCGCCGCAGCUACACUAACCCCACGCGCGACUACCACGGUUCCGAACAUAGCUCGGUAUGAGGCGUCAGAGCAGCAUCUUCCGCGCCAAGCGACUGUCGAAGGCCUUUACAUCGACACUGACUGGCGUCUUCGAAAAGGCCGAUUCGAGAAAAGGCACCGCGACCACAGCGCAUCAUCUCCUCUCACCGAUAGCCGAACGACACUCAAAGGACAGCUCUAGGUCAGGAGGCGUACAGGAAGAUUUCGACUCCGCGAUCCCAGCGGAAGCGCCCACCGAGUAUUAUAUAAUACAGGAGAACAAGUACCCUGCUCUACGGGCCUUGCGGAGCGAUGCAGAGAUUGGGGACGGAAUAUGGAGAUGCUGCCACUGUCGUCAUGAGAACAUCGUUACGCACUACAAAGGCGCAUUUCCUUUCAAACAUCUGGUAUGCAGUCGCUGCAACGAGAUACUGUGUCCUCAGUGUCACUCAUCCGAGAUCCUAUCACCUCUACCGUACGGCAUGAUUCAAGCACCACGGCCACGCCUUGAUCGCGAAGUCCGUUAUUUCCACAUCUGCACUACCUGCGGACUGAGCCAUCGCGCGGAGAUGGAAAGUACGACCCUGGACUUUUACGGUGUCAAGUGUGCGGCUUGCGGGAGCACUUCAUAUGGUGACUGGCCACGCUACCAUAUCGGUAACAACGAGCCGUAUAGACGAGAUCCGGAUGCGAGCUUUGUCAAACUCAUCGACGCAAGAGCUGAUGAUGCGACGAGGCUUACUUUUCGCUGGAUCAUUGCAAACGAAGAGGGGCCAUCAUCGGGACUGAGUUGCAGGAAUCCAGGAUGAUGUUCACGACCGCCUGAAUAGCGUUGGAGGAAGCGGGGAUUCUAUCACGUCAACGCCUGCCUUCGUGAGCUUCGAUUCAAAUCAUUGUCAUACGGAUAAGACAGCAAUGCGUUGAGAGACAUGCAGGCUAGUGUUAACUCUAUCUACUGAUACUGUCUCAAGUAAGUCCUCUUACUA